AUGAGGAGAGAGCAGGGAGAAAGAGAGAACAACGCUAUCAGGAGGGAGAAAAAAGAUAAAACUACGUCAGUAGUGUAAGUGCUUUCAUGUUCUACCAUAUAUGGUGAUAUUGUGUUGUUAUUAAAUUAAAUUUUUGAUGAUUAGAAAUAUUUUAGGUAACAUUUCGUUAAUUAUUAAAAUAAAUUUAAAAAAAAAUUAUUUUAUGUGAUUUUUUUAAAUUUUGUUUUAUUUUCUUUUUUUAUUUAAUUUUACUUAAUUUAAAUCUAUUUUAUUCUAUUUUAAUUUUAUUUCAUUUCAUUUUAUUUUAGGUAACAUCUGAUAAAAAACAUCAAGCUAGGGCAGCCCGUCAGGGUAGGGCAAGACAAGAUAUGGUAUAGUAUGGUAGGCUAAUGUAGGAUAAUUUAGGGUAGGGUAAGGUCGAUAAUUAUAAAAACAAAAAGAUCACAUAAAGGCGAUAACAAUAUAAAACAAUUCAAAAACUGUGUCACGUACCCAAUAACACAAAACUAGAUUUAUAUUUGAUAAACAGAUUCAGAAUAUUGUUUUCUGUAGCUAGAAUGAGAAGUGAAGUGCCUUGGGAACCACUGAAGUUAUUAGGUGUAGUACUGUUUAGUAUCUUCAGUGCUUCGGCCAAUUGGGCAGCUUUGGCUUAUAUUCAUGAUUAUGUGGAUCUGUAGGUUUAUAUUGAACGUUUUUUAUAGUUUUAGGCUUAACUUUAAAGCUUGUAGGUCUUAAUGUAACCUUUAGGCUUAACUUGUGAAAUCUUAGGCUUAAAUUUUUAAGUUUAGGCUUAAAAAAUUUCUUUAGGCUUAGCUUAGGUGUAAGUCAACUGUAAAAAUUUUGGCUUAAUUUACACUGUUAGGCUUGCGUUUAUAAGUUUUAAAGUCGCCAUUAAAGUUUAGGCUUAACAUAAAGCCUUUAAGCCUAAAACCUUUUUCAAAAAGCACAAAAAGCUACAGUAACCUUUCAGAAACCCAAUCGAAGACACACUAUCCAACCUCAUACCACAACAAUCAUGGACCGCCUACUACGGCGAUUUAGCGGCCCUACUAUGUACCAUAGCCAUGUUGAUUAUGAUCAUCCUGCACCAACAUCGACUGGUCAUAUUUCGGCGAGUCGUUUACAUAUCAUCUUGGUUGUACAUGAUGAGAGCGAUUACCAUGGUUGUGACACGACUACCACCCCCGUAUAAUGACGAUCAAGUGAAGUGUCGGGCGCAGUUGAGGAAUAUGACAGAGCUGACAUUUGAUGUAUAUUAUGAUAGGUUUAUGGAGCUGGCAAAGAACGUGGGAUUUCAGGUGGGUGAGAAAAGGAAUGGCAGGUUUUGGGUUACUGUAGCCAUGGGUAAUAGCCGACUCUACCCUACCCCACCCUACCGUGCCGUAUUCUACUCUACCGUACCGUAUUCUGACCUACGCUACCCUACCGUCUUUAAAAAUAAACCACAGUAACUUAAGUUACAGUAACCUAACUUAUUGUAGGACAGAACCAAGCCAAUACUAUGUGGCGACCUCUUGUUCUCGGGCCAUACCCUGUUGAUGGUAGUCAGUGCACUAGCCAUUCGAGAAUAUAUACCAACCAAACAUUACGCAUGGAGCUAUGUCAGUUCGUGUGUUAGUGUAAUUGGGGUAUUGUGUAUGCUGGUGAGUAGAACCAACUACUCUGUUGAUGUUAUUCUAGCCUACUGGUUGGCUAGUUUUGUUUUUACGUAGGUUUUUUAAAGAGUGGGGUAGUUUACGGUAAAGCAUGGUAUGGUAGGGUAGCGUAAGUUACGGUAGAGCAUGGUACGGUAGGGUAGGGUAAGAUUGAGUAGGGUACGGUAGAUCAUGGUAUAGUAGGGUAGCGUAGGUUACGGUAGAGAGCGGUAUGAUAGGGUAGCGUAGGUUACGGUAGAGCAUGGUAUGGUAGGGUAAGGUAAGAUAAAGUAGGGGACGGUAGAUCAUGGUAUGGUAGGGUAGGUUACGGUAGAGUAUGGUAUGGUAGGGUAGCGUAGGUUACGAUAGAGUAGUAGAGUACGGAACGUUAUACUGUAACACAAAUUUUUUACAUUACAGACUGUACCACUCGGUGAUAGAAGUGGACAAGUCCAUACGCUUCGAAGGCGUUUCAUAUUGGCUAUGGUUCGCUCAAAUCACAGAAUGGCUGGAGCGAAAUGUUCACCAUGAUUGCUUCGAAAACCGAUUCGAAUUCCUCUUCGAUCUUCGUGCCAAACCCACGCCACAUGAAAUGUGGGAGUUGGAGAGGGACAGAGAAGCCAGAGAACAAGCCGUACUCGACGCUGAACGGCGAAAAGCCAAGUUCAGAAGCGAAGUCGACCCGGAAAUCGAUAUUUGA